AUUUUCAAGAUGGCGGCCCCCAUGCGGCAUGCUUCGAAAACGUAUCUUUUGCAAUUUGCCCACGAACACAUCGAUUUUAAACUAGCGGAACUUAAAGCCAUUGCUCACCUGUUAAGAAUUCCAAUCAGAGUUGAUGAGGCCAAGUAUGAUAAAAAGAACCCUUUUCUUGUUGUGGAUUUACCGUCAGAAAAAGAUGGAAGAAGGAUUAUGGGAAGAAGUGUUUUAGCAAAGUCAUUAUUUGAACUUUGGGCUACAGCAGGCUGUUUUGAUGACCUUCAUAGAGAACUUCAGAUGCUUCCAAAAGACUUUGUGAAGCCUCACUUGUCAGAAGAUUUGACAUAUCGGAUUCGCGUGGAGGCAUUUAACAGAUCUUUGUCUCCAGCAGAAAAACUAGAGAGGAUUAAUGCCCUGCCAGAAGAGACGCUGAAUUUUCAGGGCAAGGUCAACCUCAAGUCACCUGACCAGAGUUUUCACCUGCUGGAAUUUUACGAAUACGAGGCUCAGAAAUCAACCAAAGGACCUGUGGCUUUGUAUUUUGGAAGAUGGGUACGAUUCAGGAAGUCUGACCAAUGUCUCCCAUAA